UUUAAUGUAGUUGCAAUAGUGCUUCUAUAAAUUUUUGCACCAUGUGAAUUACUGAACACAUGUUAAAAAUAAAAUGAUUUCAUAUCAUCCAAAAUUCAAGUAAUUACAAUGACAUUAAGGACAUGAUACAAAAACUUAAAAGGCUCAUAUUUUCUAUACUAUAAUCCAAAAAGUUCUUGUGAGGAGCUAAGAGCUUGUACCUAUGAAAAAGAAGAUACUUGCAGUUUAAGAAGGCAAUCUUAACAGAGUGAUGUCAGAUUCAGACCAACCACCGUGGGAUCAGCCUGGAGUUUGGAUUUUGGGCAUCGGAGUUGUAUCAACUGUGGUUAUGUGGUUAUACCUAAAUAACCAAGCUGGAUAUGAACCUCGGUGCCCUGGCAAGCCGAUUUAUCAUAAAUAUUAUGAAAGAUAUGUCGAAGAACCAGAUUGGUUGGAAAUGACAAAUGAUAAAGAAAAAAACCAAGAUCAAAAAACUUCAGGAUUAGACAGUGAAAGCAAGAACUUUCAAAAUUUGCCCAAUAAAGAUAUUGCUAAAACCAACCCUUUGAGCGAAAUAAGAAAUUUUGAAAGCACAUCAGGUGAUACUGCAACCCCAAGCAAUAUAGAUACAUCAUCUACAUCAAAUACUCCUAACAAUUUUUCACAAUCACCCUUCAAAUCGAAUUCAGACACUGAAGACAGUAGGGUGGAUAAUUUUACUAUAAAGAAAAAUAAAAAAGCAAAUCCACGAAGCACUCCUUGAAACAAAUCUGAAAGCCGAUGAAGAACUUAUAGGAUAGACACAAAAUAGGAAAAUAUGUAAUAAAAAAAUCAUAAUAAUACUUUA